UUUUUACAAAGUAAAAUGAAUAAUACUUUGGGCAAUUUAUACACAUAUACAUAAAAGUUUAGAAAACUUUAUUGCAUAACAUAUUUCAUAAGAGUAUGACAUACUGUGCUAGAGAAGAUUGCCAAAAAUACAAAGAUCAUUUUGAGUCAGGUAUUUAUGUUUGCUCUCAAUGCGAAAAUCCUUUGUUUCAUGGAAAGUCAAAAUACAAACAUAGUUCUCCUUGGCCAGCUUUUACACAACCUAUGCAUGAUUGCAGUCUUAGAAAGGAAGUAGAGACUGAGAAGCAGACAUCUUCUGACAAACCUGCACUAAGGCUCUUUUGUGGAAAAUGUGACAAUAUUGUUGGUCAUGAAUUUAUUGGUGAUGGACCUCAAAAUUCUUCAAGAUUUUGAGUUUUGUCAGAUGCUCUUAAAUUUGUAUCAAUUUAAACUGAAGUAACUAAAAGGAAUUAAACGGUUGAAGUUGGUUAUUAUGAAAUAAAACCCGCAAAUCAUCUCGUGAAUGGGUUUUGUUGAAGCAUUCUGUUUAUAUUCCUAAAAAAAAGAAAAAAAGCGAUCAACAAAAAAAAA